AUAUGAAGAUCUCGUUAAUUUGCUAAUUUAUCAACUUCCUUCUCUCUCCAUAUAUCAUUGGUGGAACUAUUAUUGGAUGAUGUUAUUUUCCAGUACUGUAACCAAUGUAACCAAAAUACCCUAGUCAAGCUAAUUACUUCAACAUCUUUUCUUCCUCUAUUUUCUACUUUUCUCUCUCUUUUAAGAAAUGCUUUUUGCUUGUAAAAAUCUCUCGUCACUUUUGUGAGCUCCCAUUCUUCUAUCUUUACAGAUUUCUUGUAUUUUCCAUUCUUUUACCUCCCUUCAGCUUCUUGGAAUUUCAGGGUGAAAAUGGUGAGGCAAAAAAUCCAGAUCAAGAAGAUAGACAACUUGAUAGCAAGGCAAGUAACUUUCUCAAAGAGAAGAAGAGGGCUUUUCAAGAAAGCUCAAGAGCUUUCAACUCUUCGUGAUGCUGAUAUUGGACUCAUUGUUUUCUCUGCUACUGGGAAAUUUUUUGAGUAUUCAAGCUCCAGUAUGGUGCAACUGAUUGAGAAGCACGAGAUGCAGUCAGAAAGGGAUAAUAUGGUUAGUCCAGACCAACUCCAAUCUUCUAACCUUCAGAGCGAGAAGAAAACCUGUGCAAUGCUUAGCAGGGAAUUUGUCGAGAAGAAUCGCGAGUUGAGGCAACUUAAUGGAGAAGAGCUGCAAGGACUUGGCCUGGAGGAACUAAUGAAAUUGGAGAAGAUAGUCGAGGGAGGAAUAAGUCGUGUACUGAAGAUUAAGGGUGACAAGUUUAUGAGAGAGAUCAGUUCCCUCAAGAAAAAGCUCAACUGCAGGAAGAGAAUUCACAGUUGAAACAGCAGUCAGAAGUAACACCUCCUUGGAUAUGUUAGACAAGAACGAACCGAAAAUGUCGAUUGUAAGAUCUGGGGGCAACACCUUAUUUUCGUCAUCUGAAGAAGUUUCUCAAGCAUGCUCUAACUUCUACGAGUCCGGGGACUUUGAGGAUUCUUCAACUUCUAACGCAGUGAGUGCCAUGAUGACCAACGCAGAGGAACAACUCGUCGCUAUGAUGCAAACUAUUGAGGCGUUGAAGAAAUCUCUGAAGGACAAAGAUCUUCAAAUAGCCCAAUUGAUGAACAAGUUGGAACUCUACAGCACUGGCGAGUCAACUCACAUUCCAACACCACAAGAAUAAGAGGUUGAAUCAGCCACCAAGAUGCCCAACUAUCAAAGUGCAAAUCAAGUUGAUUCAGUUGCGACAUUGUCUGUCCAACAACUGCAAGACAUGAUAACAAACACCAUCAGGGCUCAAUAUGGUGGACCAUCACAAAGCUUAUUGUACUACUCUAAACCUUACACCAAGCGAAUCGACUGUCUACCUAUGCCGAUUGGAUAUCAACCAUCGAAGCUGCAA